AUGAAAGUAUUUUUGAUUACUUUAUUAGCUUUUGGCUAUUUAUGGUAAGGUAUUUUAUAUUUUUUUUAGUUAAAUAAAUACAUUUCAAUAAAAUCCCGGAAUUUCAGCGAUGCUGCAUUGAUUUCAAGUUUGCCUGGUGCACCAAAUGUUUCAUUCAAACAAUAUUCGGGUUAUUAUAAUGUUGGUACAAAGAAAAAUCAUAUGAUGCAUUAUUGGUUUGUUGAAUCACAAAAUAAUCCGGCAACAGAUCCAGUUUUGGUUUGGUUGACUGGUGGACCAGGAUGUUCUGGAUUAUCAGCAUUGUUGACUGAAUGGGGACCAUAUAAUGUGAAUACUGACGGAGCAACUCUUUCGAUCAAUCCUUAUUCGUGGAAUAAAAAUGCAUCAGUUUUGACUUUGGAAGCGCCAGCUGGAGUGGGAUAUUCAUAUUCGACUGAUGGUGAUAUUUCAACUGGAGAUGAUCAAACAGCUUCCGAAAAUUGGGAAUCACUUGUCGCAUUUUUCACCGAAUUCCCACAAUAUAAAUCAAAUGAUUUUUAUGUAACUGGAGAAUCUUAUGGUGGAAUUUAUAUUCCAACUCUUGUUCAAACUAUUUUGGAUCGUCAAUCACAAUUCAAUAUUAACAUCAAAGGAUUAGCAAUUGGAAAUGGAUGUGUUUCUCAAAAUGAAGGAACUGAUAGUCUUGUUCGAUUCUUAUAUCAUCACGGAGUUGUUGAUGAGGCAAAAUGGGAACAUAUCAAAACAGCUUGUUGUCAUAAUGAUACUGAUUCAUGUGCUUUCCAUUCAUUCAGUGAAUUUGGAACAUGUGGACAAUUUGUGGUUGCAACUGAACAAACUGCGUGGAAUGGUGGUUUGAAUCCAUAUAACAUGUAUUCUGAUUGUGUUUCAACAUCUGAACAAAAUCGAUUUGCAAUUGAAUACGAAAGAAGAUUCCAAAAGAAAUUCACACCAGAAGUUUUGGGAACAGUUCCAUGUUUGGAUGAAUCACCAGUCACUAAUUAUUUAAAUAGACAAGAUGUUAGAAAAGCAUUGGGAAUUCCAUCAUCUGUUGGACAAUGGUCUAUUUGCAAGUAAGUAUUUUUCAGAAUAUAAUUUGAAUUUUGUGAACUUUGCUUCCCAGUUCAAGAUUCCUCUGUUUCGAACCCUUUCUAAGCUCAUUUCAAAACCAAGACUUCGAAAAAACACAAUUUUUCUAGCAAUGCAAUCUCCUAUGGAUACAAAAGACAAUACGGUGACAUGACUUCCCGAAUUCAAAAUGCUAUCAAUAAUCACAAUCUCAAAGUUAUGCUUUAUAAUGGAGAUGUUGAUUUGGCUUGUAAUGCUUUGAUGGGACAAAGAUUCACCGAUCAAUUGGGAGUUGCUGUAAGCCCUUUUUCUGACAAAUUCUUAUUCUAUUCAAUAUUUUCAGCUUACCCACAAAAAAGCCAAAUAUGUUGUUAAUGGACAAGUUGGAGGAUAUGUUACAACUUAUGGAAAUAAUGUUCAUUUUGCAACUGUUAGAGUGAGUUUGAAUUUCGUUUUCAUUUUUUCAUAACUAAAAUCAUAUUUUGCAGGGAGCUGGACAUAUGGUUCCAACCGAUAAACCAGCUGUGGCCGAUCAUAUUAUUCAAGCGUUCUUGUUCAACAAAUCGUUCUAAAUGAAAUGAAAUAUGUAAUAAAUCAAAUUUGAUGAAAAAAAUAGUGCCACAUGUUAUUUGCAGCACGAAUAUGAUUUUUUUCGGCUUGGAAAAUUAUUGUCAAUUUUUAUGAACAACUCUCUUAACAGGAUCCUUUUUGUGAUCCAAUAUAUUUUUCAAAUUAAAAAAAAACCUCACGGGAAUAUUUUUCUGCCAAGUUUUUUGCAGCUUUGGUUACUGUAGUACUAUUUUUGAAAAAAACCGAGGUGAAGAAUUUUUCCUAGAGAAAGGUAGCCACCAUUACUGUAUCAAUAUUGUCAUCCAAGUUCAUAAAUUAAACUUUGAACAAUUUGCAAAAAAAUCAGAAACUUUGUGCUAAACGACUUAACUUUAAUUUUGACAAAAAAGCAAGCUUUUUUUCGUGAGAAAAUUGCAAAAAAUUAUUUUCUGUGAUUUUUUAUCUCAUAAAUCUUUUGGUAAAAAAAAGAAAAACAGCAGCUCGGGUCAAUAAAAAUCUUAUAUUCAUAAAAAAAAGAAAACCGAAAACGGCUGGUUUCGUCGAAACAAGGGACAGCGAAUUGUUUGCUUGUUGUGUCUUGUCGCGCGAGUACUGUAACACACGAGUGGCGUGUGCAUUUCUUUUAUUUUUUAUUUCUUUUUCGUUUUUCAUUUUUUUUCGCGGUUUCGUAGGUUUCGAUACGUAAGUCAAACUCAACUUUUUAUUAUAUAUAAAUAACUAUUUUUCAGGCGCAAAGAAAAAGGGACGAAAAUGCGACAACCGCUUCGGGACAUCGGAAACCGGAAUUAUGUGAGUCGUUUUGCAAGAAAAAUAAUAAAAACUUUGAAAUUUCUCUCAAAGAAAAUAUUUAAUCUAACUUUUUUCGAAUUUAGAAAAUUAUCAGCUUAUCAGCGAAUUUGUUCUGGUGAAUAUUGUUAAUUAUGCCGAAUUGAUCACCAGCGGAAUGAGGAGAAAAACAUUUUUCGAAAAAACAAUUUUCGGAAGCUUGCGGUCAUCGAAGGUCAAAGAUAUUGUUUUCUCCAGUGAUUAUAUUUUUUUUACAUUAGAGCGCACAAUCUCUUUGACCAUCGAUGACCGCCAGCUUUCAAAAAAAACAUUUGUUCUCCUCAUUCCGUCGCCAAUCAAUUCAGCAGGAUGAACAAUAUUACAUUUAACUUUGAGAAACUAUUAGUUUUGAACGCCAGAAAUAAAAAAAACAAACAACAAAACGUGAUUUUCACACCAGAAUCCAAGUGAUAAAAGCUUACUUAAAAUCCAAGAAACAUUCGUAUUCAAAACUUCAAUAUGAAAAAAGGAAAAAACAAUAUCACCUAACUCGUGGAUUUUUAUAAUUAAAAUUCCUACCUAUAUCUCUGAACCCAUCAAUUCUAAUUCUAGAAAAAAUCUGCCUCAUGCUUCUCUCCAAGUUUUCCAACCAGCAGCCUUCCUGCGUCUUUUGUUAAAAAAAACGAUAAUGAAUCUCCAAAUAAGAGUUCAAAAUUUUAAUUCAAAUUUAAUACUUAAUAAUUUUUCUAUGCCUUUCUCGUAAUUGACCAUUCAAUGGAUUUCUAACAAAAUUGAAUUGAAAAUGUAAUUGAACUCCAAAUACAAAAUUAAUUCUACCCUUUUAAUAAAAUAAAAAAAAACUAUGAAAAUUAUUUCUAUGCCGAACCAAACUUCGAAAAAAUCUCUGUUUAAAUCUAAUUACUUAUACAACAAACCGUGGCUAGACUCGUGGAUUACAAAAUAAAAAUAGUAUACAUUAAUGUAAUAAAAAUUAAUGUAAUAAAAAUAAUGGAAAAAUUGUGAGUUUCGAAUGAUUUUUGAACUGCAAAAAAUUCAAAGAAAAAAUGGUUAAAAAUUUGCUUUUAAAGUUUUUCAGCCAGUUUCUAAGGCGAUGAUGCAGAUUAGUUUCUCCCCCGAGCUAAUUGAGGAGAAAGAGGAGAAACGUGUUGCACGUGGAGGCGAAACAAUGUAUUUUUCGAAUUUCGCCCCAUUUCUCCUCGGAGGAGAAACUCAUCUGCAACAUCGCCUAACUGUUUUUAAACUAAAUUCUAAAUUAAAGUCAAUUUUCUUGAAAAUCUGCUAAAAUCUCACAUUUUCAUAGACCUUGUAUUAAAUUAUUAUGAAUUAUCAAUGAAAUAAGAAUUAAAUUAUUAUGAAUUAUCAAUGAAAUAAGAAAAUAAAUUUGAAUUAAAUAAUCAUUUUUCCAUUAAAGACUUUGAGAAUUUUCAGAAGUCGACAUCAAGAAGGACGAGGAAAUUCAACAUCUUGGCAAUUUUAUUUUUUAUUGGUAAAAAAAUAA